UGAAGACGCCAGUUUUAAGGUUGCCCUUUAUCUAUGCUCCAACCUUUGUGCCAUUGAGGUGUGACACUGUCCAGCAACUCCACUACCACUGGGUCCAGCUAGUGUUAGCUCUGCAUUGAGGUUAGCUGGUUCAAUUCGAAAGAAAGAAGAUAAAAGGAAGUGAAGAAGAGGCGGAGAUAAGCAAAGACCUUACCCUGCCACUUCUUGUGGAAGGUAGCCACCAGAGGAAAAAAUCUUCUUGUACAUUAGUUGGAGAAGAUGAAGUUCCAGCAGAAAGAAUCCUCAGCUUAAACUGUAGCCCUAUGACGUCAAAGUCACCCACCAGCUUAGAAGGUUCAGAUUUAUCUUCCAUCAACACCAUGAUGUCAGCAGUAAUGAGUGUGGGGAAGAUUGCAGAGAAUGGUGGCAAUACCCAGGCCAUCAAGUCGCCAACAAAGUCAUCAGGACCGAAUCGGAUUGGCAGGAGGAACCAGGAAACUAAAGAGGAAAAGUCUUCCUAUACUUGUCCCCUGUGUGAAAAGAUUUGCACUACUCAGCAUCAGCUAACCAUGCACAUUCGUCAGCAUAACACGGACACUGGAGGGACAGACCAUUCCUGCAGCAUCUGUGGAAAGUCUCUGAGCUCCGCAAGUUCCUUGGAUCGCCACAUGUUGGUUCAUUCUGGUGAAAGGCCUUAUAAAUGUUCUGUUUGUGGACAGUCCUUUACGACCAAUGGAAAUAUGCACAGACAUAUGAAAAUUCAUGAGAAGGAUCCUAACACUACCACAAGUACGACACCCCCAUCUCCACUGAAACGCAGGCGAAUGACCUCCAAAAGGAAACUAAGUCACGAGGCUGAAUCAGAGAAAGAAGAACUAACACCUGCUAAAAAGAUGGUAGAGGAUCCUCAAUCAGGUGACACAGAGAAGAAAACAGAUGAAGUUUUUCACUGCCCAGUGUGUUACAAGGAAUUUGUUUGCAAGUAUGGCUUGGAGACUCACAUGGAGACCCAUCCAGAUAAUCCUCUGAGGUGUGACAUUUGUUGCAUUAGCUUUCGUACACAUCGAGGACUGCUGCGUCAUAAUGCAGUUAUCCACAAGCAGUUUCCAAGAGACCCUACAGGAAAGCCUUUUAUUCAGAACAAUCCUUCAAUUCCUGCCGGCUUCCAUGAUUUAGGAUUCACUGACUUCUCUUGUAGGAAAUUUCCUCGCAUUUCUCAGGUCUGGUGUGAAACAAAUUUACGAAGAUGCAUCAGUGAAUUUCAUCGUUUUAUUUGUGAGACCUGCAAUAAGGCCUUCCCCAUGCUUUCUGCCCUCAAACUACACACACAGACCCAUAUAGUAGGGGAUCCGGGGAGUGAGAAGCACAAAGUAGAGGCAAAGAGUCCGAUGGAUGAGAGCCCCGAGAAGAAGGCCUUCAUGGUGGCCCUGGGCCUCCGGUCCACCAAAGACCUCCUGCCCACCCCUGCGGAGGAGCCCGUGCUGGAUGACAACCAAGCGAUACAGCUGGAGACCCUGAAGAGCGGCCUACCUCAGGAGCCGGGCAGCACCGGCCUGCUCACCCUGUCCCCUCUCGGGGCGGCUUCCCUGGGGGCCUCGCUCACGGUCCUGCCCCCCACCAAGGAGAACAUGAAGCACCUCUCCCUUCAGCCCUUCCAGAAGGGAUUCAUCAUCCAGCCCGACAGUAGCAUCGUCGUCAAACCCAUCUCCAGCGAGUCCGCCAUCGAGCUGGCCGACAUCCAGCAAAUCCUGAAGAUGGCGUCCUCGGUCCCUCCCCAGAUCAGUCUUCCGCCGCUGUCCAAGGCCCCCGCCGCCCCCAUGCAGUCCAUCUUCAAGCACAUGCCCCCGCUGAAGCCAAAGCCCCUGGUGACCCCCCGCACGGUGGUGGCCACCUCCACCCCCCCGCCCCUGAUCAGCGCCCAGCAGGCGUCUCCGGGCUGCAUCAGCCCCAGCCUCCCCCCUCCGCCGCUGAGGCUGAUCAAAACCUCUGUGGAGGCCGCCUCCAACUCCCAGCUGCUGCAGCCCAAGUCCGGGGCCAAACUCAAUUCUCCGUCUUCACAGCUCUUCCUCCAGCCUCGGGGGGAGGCUUCGGGGCAGCCCGAGAUGAAGACCCAGCUGGAGCAGGACAGUAUCAUCGAGGCCCUGCUGCCCCUGAACAUGGAGGCCAAAAUCAAGCAAGAAGUGACCGAGGGAGAGCUCAAGGCCAUCAUCGCCGGAGCGGCGGGCAAGAAGACGCCGGCCAUGCGCAAGGUCCUGUACCCCUGCCGCUUCUGCAGCCAAGUGUUCGCCUUCUCGGGCGUGCUGCGCGCGCACGUGCGCUCCCACCUGGGCAUCUCCCCGUACCAGUGCAACAUCUGCGACUACAUCGCCGCCGACAAGGCCGCGCUCAUCCGCCACCUGCGCACGCACAGCGGCGAGAGGCCCUACAUCUGCAAGAUCUGCCACUACCCCUUCACCGUGAAGGCCAACUGCGAGCGCCACCUGCGCAAGAAGCACCUCAAGGCCACCCGCAAGGACAUCGAGAAGAACAUCGAGUACGUGUCCAGCAACGCCGCCGAGAUGGUGGACGCCUUCUGCUCCCCCGACACCGUGUGCCGCCUGUGCGGGGAGGACCUCAAGCACUACCGCGCCCUGCGCAUCCACAUGCGCACCCACAGCGGGGGCGCCGCCGGCUGCCCCAAGGGCCGCAAGCCCUUCGAGUGCAAGGAGUGCGGCACCGCCUUCUCCACCAAGCGCAACUGCGUGCACCACGUCCUCAAGCAGCACCUGCACGUGCAGGAGCGCGACCUCGACAGCUACGUCCUGGCCGUGGACUGUGGAGCGGGGCCCCGCGAGCCCCAGGCCCCCGACGCCGCCGCGCUGCUCGACGAGGGGCCCUACGCGGACCGGAAGCCCCUCACCGCCUUCCUGGAGCCCCAGAACGGCUUCCUCCGGGGCGCCGGCCAGCCGCCGCUGCCUUCCCACAUCUCCAUCAAGCUGGAGCCCACGAGCAGCUUCCCCAUGGACUUCAACGAGCCCCUGGACUUCUCGCAGAAGGGGAAGGCCUUGGCCUUGGUCCAAGUGAAGCAGGAGAACUCUUUCGUGGGGGCCUCCUCUUACGACUGUUCCAUGGAGCCCAUCGACCUGUCCAUCCCCAAGAGUCUUCGGCGGGAUAAGGAGACGGCGGCGCCGGGCGAAGCCAAGAAGCCCGAGCCGGGCCCCGGCUGCAGCGACCAGCUCCAUAACUGCCCUCCGCCCUGCCCCGGCCUGCCCGUGCCCCUCGCGGCCGGUGGGCCUUUAGAGAAGCCGGCCGCCACUGCGGCUGCCUCCGCCGCCGCCAGCCCGGGCCUUCCUCACCCUGCCCAGCCCCUGCAGGCCCCCCUCCACCUCGCCGUCCCCAUCAUCUCCCCGGCCCUCCUGAGCAACUCGGCCCUGCUUCGCCCUCUUCGCCCCAAACCACCCCCGCUCUUGCCAAAGCCUCCCGUGACGAAAGAGCUGCCGCCCCUGGCCUCCAUCGCCCAGAUAAUCUCGUCCGUGUCGUCGGCCCCUGCCUUGUUGAAGACCGAGGUGUCGGACCCCGCACCCAAGGCCGCCGGCAAUCCUCUGCUCCCGGAGAAGCUAGCAGGCCCCAAGCAGAAGCCGGCCGCCGUCUCUGGCACCGGCAGCCCCAAAGAGCCCGGCGAGCCCGCCGUCCAGGCCGGCAGUCCCGGGGCCGCCUCCUCCGCGGAGCAGGGAUCGGCUGCUUCGUCAAAGAAGAGGGGCCGAAAGAAAGGGACCAAGAACCGGCCCAAGACUAACAGCGGCAGUGUGGACCUGGAGUCGAGCGGAGAGUUCGCCAGCAUCGAGAAGAUGCUGGCCACCACCGACACCAACAAGUUCAGUCCCUUCCUGCAGUCCGCCGAAGACGAUGUCAAGGACGAAGCUGUGCCCACCGACCCGACGGGGCCCAGCGACGACGAGCAGGACUGCCCCGAGGAGAAGCUGCUGAGGGGGAAGCGCAAUUCCUAUUCUGCCUGCCUGCAGAAGAUCAGCUGUCCCUACUGCCCCCGAGUGUUUCCCUGGGCCAGCUCCCUGCAGCGGCACAUGCUCACACACACUGGUCAGAAGCCCUACCCUUGUCAAAAAUGCGACGCCUUCUUUUCUACCAAAUCUAACUGUGAACGGCACCAAUUGCGCAAACACGGAGUUGCCAACUGCUCCUUGAGAAGAAACGGGCUUAUCCCCCAGUCAAAAGAAAGUGAUGUUGGAUCUCAUGAUAGCACAGAUAGCCAGUCGGAUCCGGAGAUUCCCGUCACGGGCGGCGAAGUGCUCGACCUCACGUCCAAGGAGCGGGAGCAGCCGCGCUCGGAGGGCGCCCCGGAGCACAGCCCGGAGAGCCAGGGCCGCCCCGCCGAGGAGGCCCAGGACAAGGACAAGGAGAAGGCGCCCUCCCCCGCGGGCCCCGAGGAGCCCCGGGCCGACGAGGACGAGGAGAGGGAGGCUGCGGAGGAGAAGGCCGAGGAGAUGGAAGGCCCCGAAGACGACGCCGUCAGCAACAAGAGCCUCGACCUCAACUUUGCCAGCAAGCUCAUGGACUUCAAACUGGCCGAGAGCGAGCACGCGGUGUCGGCCGGCGCAGCCUCCUCUGAGCACGACAAGAAGCACGCUUGCGACAUCUGCGGGAAGAGCUUCAAGUUUGCCGGAACCCUGACCCGCCACCGGAAAGCCCACGCUCACGAGGAGCCGCGGGACGAGAGGCCCCCCGAGGAGGAGGCCGCCAGCCCCUCGGCCCCGGAGCCGGCCGCCGAGCGCGAGGCCAGCCCCGCCGAGCCCAAGGCCGCCGAGUCCCCGUGCGGGGGCAGGGACAACGAGGAGAGCGAGAGCGUCUCCGAGGGCGAGGGCGCCGCCGACAGGAAGUCCUCCGAGAAGAGCGACGACGACAAGAAGCCAAAGACGAACGGCACCAAGAGCGCCACCAAGGCGGACAAGAGGAAGAAGGUGUGCACCGUGUGUAACAAGAGGUUCUGGUCCCUGCAGGACCUGACCCGGCACAUGAGGUCCCACACAGGGGAAAGACCGUACAAGUGCCAGACCUGUGAGCGGACCUUCACUUUGAAGCACAGCCUGGUUCGUCAUCAACGCAUCCAUCAGAAAGUCAAAAACACGAGACACCACGGGAAGGAAAGCGACAAGGAAGACCGCGGCGAGGACGACAGUGAGAACGAAUCCAUCCACAGUGGCAACAAUCCUCUCUCGGAAAACGAGGGAGACUCCGCUCCAAAUCUCAACAGCCAUUCGGCCGUCACCCGAAGCCAGAGAGAGCAUUUGGCCAGCGUGGCCAAGGAUUCGAGUCGUCAGGAGGAUAAGUCGGGGGGAAGGACGCCUGGCCAGGAGUCUCAGGGUAGUGCGGAUCGCGAGAGCCCGUCGGGCUUCAUUCAGGAUCUGUUGGACAUGCACAGCAAGAGGCCUCCUGCGAACCACAUUCUUGCCUCGGCAGAUAGUGCGCCCCCUCUUGUGGGAAUGGAAUGACCCAAUCAACUGUCUGUCCCCAGCACAUAGACUAAAGCCAGCAGAGCAAAGGUACCCCAAUCUGUAGCACACUGGAUUUCCUCAGUGACUCCAGUGGUCGGGGAGUGAGAGAGAGGGAGAGGGAGAGGGAAAGGGAAAGGAAGAAACGAAGUAUGGCAGACUGACCCUAGUGCCAUAGCCCUUUCAGUAUAACAGUGCGAGAGACUACAGGAUAUACUGAUUCUGAGUGCCUUACUACUUUAUUAAAUCUUUUGGUAUCAUUGACCUUUUUUUUUUUUUCCCCAAAAUGAUUUUUAAAAAAAAAUAUUUUAAUGAAUUAUUUGGAGAGGACCUUUUUCAUUUAAGCAUUAAUGUUACCUUUUUGUAUUGGUGUGCGUGAGCCUGUUCGCGUGGAACUUUUGAUAGUUGCCGUGUUUUGUUCUGUGAGCCGGAAAUGGGGAAAAGAAACCAAUGCCCUUGGAUACCACGACUAACUGGAAGAAAAUGAUGUGAAUUUCCUAUGCCAGAGGAAAAUUUGGAUGAGAGAUAAUUAAUUUCUCAAAGACAUUUUUGUACCUACUACGCGAUGGAACUCUAAUCUGGUUCCAGGUAUUAAGACAAGUGGUUGAUGAAGGUAUUCAAAAUUGGUUCAAGCCAAAACCAGGAAAGAUGCUAGCUUCAACCUCAUCCUUGUUUCCACUCUUUUCGGCGUUAGAAAUGGUGUUAUUGUUUAAUGUUUUAAGACAUUUUUUCCUGGACUGAGCAUACAGAGAAGAGUUACCUUAGCAACUUAACCUAUGGAAAUUAUG